AUGUCUACCGACCUCAAGAUUCGUGCUAGUGACCUUCCAGACGGUACAGAGUCCUCGAUGGACUUUCUUGAUUCUUCAUUUUUUCAAAAUGAUCGUGGCCAGUGUUUACCAACACCAGCAGAAAUUCUCGCAUUAGCUGGCAAUGAGGCGAGGAAACCCCAACCUCCUCCUGUCAUUUUCGAGCAUUUGAAUCUUCUUGUCAAAUGGGGUCGUUACGUUACGGUAGCUGAAGCACAAUGCCUUUGGAUAAUCCAAAAGGACCUUGGGGACGAAGUUCCUGUCCCGGAAACCUAUGGCUGGAGAGUUGAUGGGGAUUAUGUGUUUAUAUACAUGGAAUUAAUACGAGGGGUCACAUUGAAACACCAGUGGGAUUUCAUGGAUGACUCUGACAAAACCAUUGUUUGCGAACAGUUAAGCAAAGUAAUAUCAUCGCUGCGGAGCGUGGAGCAAGAUCCUCAGGAUCCUUUCAUCGGCUCCCUCAGUCGGGGUCAUCUUUCAGAUAUCAUAAUUGAGAACCAACCUCCUGGCGGCCCAUUUGCAAUUAUUGAACAAUUCAACGAGUACUUUUCUUCACUACCCUGGUUUCGUUUUACACUUCCGAAUAACUUCAAGGACCCUUGGAGAGAGUAUCUACCAGAUGACGGGUCGAUUAAACUAACGCAUGGGGACUUACAUCGAGGCAAUAUCAUCGUUUCUCCCACAACGCCGCCUCGUGUGCUUGCAAUCAUCGACUGGGCCCAUUGUGGAUGGUAUCCUGAUUAUUGGGAAUACUGCAAGGCAGCUAACACAUGUUCGUAUGAUGGAGAAUGGCGAAAUAAAUGGAUCCCGACGUUCCUGACUCCACGGGUUGAGGUGCAUAGAAUUUUUGCCGAAUAUACACAUGCGAUGGGAGCUUUCUGA